AUGGCGGACCCCCGACGGGUGUCCCGCAUGGGGUUGCUCGACCCCCCCGGCGGCGGCCCCCACUCCCUGGACGCCGCGCUCCUGCUCCGCCAUUACCCGCCCACGCCCACGCCCGCGGCCAAGCGUCUCUCGGGGGGCUUUGACAACGUCGGCUUUGACCUUGAGAGUUUGAGCGAGGCGCGGCCGGGGAGUCGGCGGCCGCUGGUCAGCGUCCACCUGCGGACGCUGCCGCCCGAGGAGCACAUGCUGUCCUCCCUCAGCAGGCAGCCCAAGUCCCUGCCGCCCACACCCAUCCUGCACGCAGGGCGCCGCAUCAGCCUGCCUCAUGAGGACAAAGUGGUUCCCUGGGGGCCGCAGGUGGGCGGCGUGCGGGUCAUCCAGGUGCCCCACGAGGUGAAGCAGCGGCCGCCCUCGGAUAUAACCAACGAAGACGAACCGCGCGCCCCGCCCGAGGCGCCGCAGGAGGCGGACGAGGGCGAGGGAGAGGCGGGGGGGCGGGGCGAGGGCGGCCAGGAGUGCGAGGAGAGGAGCGGUUCCGUCAACUCGGAGUCUAACAGAGUCGGGGCUGGCGUCUCGCCCUGCGGCACACCACAGAAAACGAGUCCCGCGAAGAAAACGGAGUCCGGGAGGGAGGUGUUCGGGCCUGCGAUCGGAGGGGGAGACAGUGUGCGAGGAACCAUGGUGGAGGGCGGGGGAGCCACGCGGCCCUCCGCUGCCAGUAGUGUUUCCGUGACGUCCCCGUCGAGGAUGCCAGCCAGUGCCCGAGUGUCGCGAGUGCCUCUGCUGAGCCAUGUCGCCGCCAGCAGCAGUGUGUCGAGUGUUGUGCUGUGCGGGUCGCCCACUACCACGGCGGCGCCGACCGUCAGUGCACUAACCAAAGUGUCCAGUGUCAGGAUUGUGCCCACGCCCACAUCCACGCCCACGCCCAGCAUCAGCGGCCACAACACGCCCACGCACGCCACCAGACCCCCGCAGCCAGGCCCCAGACCAGCCCCGAGGCCGCCCAGACCCAACGGCCACCAAGAGACGCAGGCGGCCGCCGAGCCCCCCGCUGCGCCGCCGCCGCCGCCGCCGGGGCAGCAGCUAGCGCCGCCACAGCAGCACCCUGGCGGGCCACACCAGCAGCAGCUGCAGCACCAUCAUCAGCUGCAGGAGGCGCGGCGCGGCGAGAGGGAGCGUCGUCGAGAGCGUCGGCGGGAGCGUCGGGAGCGUCGCGCCCACCGGGCCGCGGCCCCCGGGCAGCCGUCACAAACGGACGUGGGGGAGAGCAUUCCGCCGCCCGCCGCGGCCCAUGACGCCCACCUGCCCGACCUGCUCCACUCUCACGUGCCUCCCCCCUACUCCACCUUGCCCGGUGGAGGACGCCCGCUGGGGGGGCUGCUGGGGCCCCCGCCGCCCCCGGGACCACCUGGCCCGCCUCCCCCACCACCUAUGCCAUUGCAUGUACCCCCACCGCCACCCCCGGGCCCGCCCCCGCCGGGCUUCCCAGCCCCGGCUCCCGUGCCCGGCUCGCCCCUCCGACUCCCCCACGACAGCCCGUGGCCUUUCUUCGGCUCCAGAAGCUGUGUGGAGGCGUGCGGCCCGGCGCGGCGAGGCGAGGCGAGAGUGGCUGGCCUGGCCUGGCCAUUGUUGAGGUGGACUCUGGUCUAG